AUGAUACCCACUGUGGGUUUUAGUAUGCGCAAGGUCACUAAGGGAAAUGUUACCAUGAAGUUAUGGGAUAUUGGGGGACAACCACGUUUUCGAAACAUACCUUCCUUGAUCGAUUUGAUUCGAGAUAGAUUCGUGGUCGAUUCCGCUGAUCAUGAAAAGUUUGGAACUGCACGAAAUGAGUUGCACAGCCUUCUAGAGAAACCCCAACUCGCAAAUAUUCCAGUUUUAGUCUUGGGCAACAAGAAUGAUUUACCAGAAGCUUUGCCGGUUGAACAAAUUAUUGAAAAAAUGGACUUGAGAUCCAUCGAUAAUCGCGAGGUUUCUUGCUAUUCAAUUUCCGCGAAGAAUCAAUUGGUCAAAAGGAGUAAAAUGUCGACAUUGCCAAAAGAGGAUUCUCAGUACAAACAUUUGAGUUUGACACAGCGAUUUAAACAUAUGAGCAAAAAAUACGGUACUCCUGCAAUAGUUAUAUACACUGUCAUAUCAGCCAUAGAUCUAGGAUUGACAUUCGUUUUGAUUCAGGUCGGUGGCGCGGAGCGGGUGAAACAGGUUGAAGAUUGGUUCACGAAAACGUUUGGAGGGUGGAUUACAUUCAAAAAAGAUGAAAAGAACUCUGCUAUCAAAGAAGAAAAACAGGAUAAAGGUUUUACAACAAAAAUUAGCGAGACCGCCCAUCGUCAACUUCCAUCUUUGACGAGCACUUUUGUAAUUGCCUAUGGAAUUCAUAAACUUUUGGUUCCAUUCAGAUUGGGCUUGACAGCGGCAUUGACCCCUCCGACGGUUAGGAAGUUGAGGGAGAUGGGUUGGAAGCGAUUUAAGGAAAUUUAA